GAUUGGUUACUUGGAAUUGAAGUGGCAGAAUACAACUGCCAAAAUUAUCUUAUCCUCUCUGCCCUUUCACAUCCAUUUCACAGGAAACCCACUUCGGUUUCUUCAUAACAUCCAUUUCCUCUCCGUAUAAUUCUGCACACAUCACUGAAAUUUUUUCUCUCAUCCAAACAGUCCUCUACACAUAAAAAUUGAGAUUUUUGUGGAGAAACCCAGUACAAUUUGAAGAUGCCCAUGGCUCUCCAGGCUGCAGCUCUGGGAAAGUCCAGUGUAUCACUAAAGGAAUCCUCUCUUUUUGGAAUUUCAAUUUCUGACCAUGUCAAGUAUGAUUUCAGCUACUCUUCUUUGAGAUUCAAGACGAAAUCCAACCAAAGAAAGCAUUCAAUCAGACCAUUAAGAGUUCGAGCAGUGGUUACUACUCCAUCAGUCAGCAGCGCUACAAACGAAGGGAAGAAAACACUAAGAAAAGGCAUUGUAGUGAUCACGGGAGCUUCCUCUGGAUUGGGCCUAGCCACCGCCAAGGCCCUAGCAGAAACCGGAAAAUGGCAUGUGAUUAUGGGCUGCAGGGACUUCCUCAAGGCCGAAAGGGCAGCCAAAGCCGCUGGCAUUGCCAAGGAGAAUUACACAGUCAUGCACUUGGACUUAGCUUCACUCGACAGUGUAAGGCAGUUUGUUGAUAACUUUAAGCGAUCGGGGAGCCCCCUUGAUGUGCUGGUUUGCAAUGCGGCAGUCUAUUUGCCCACUGCUAAGGAGCCUACUUUUACUGCUGAAGGGUUUGAGCUUAGUGUUGGGACUAAUCAUCUCGGACAUUUCCUUCUAGCACGAUUGAUGCUCGAUGAGUUGAAGCAAUCAGAUUUCCCAUCGAAGAGACUCAUUAUUGUAGGCUCAAUUACAGGUAACACCAAUACCCUAGCUGGAAAUGUGCCUCCAAAGGCAAACCUAGGGGACUUGAGAGGGCUAGCUGGGGGGUUGAAUGGAUUAAACAGCUCAGCCAUGAUCGAUGGUGGAGAAUUUGAUGGUGCCAAGGCCUACAAAGACAGCAAGGUCUGCAACAUGCUGACCAUGCAAGAGUUCCACCGCCGAUACCAUGGGGAAACCGGGAUCACAUUCGCUUCCCUUUACCCAGGUUGCAUCGCCACAACUGGCUUGUUUAGGGAACACAUCCCCUUGUUCCGCCUCCUUUUCCCUCCGUUCCAGAAGUACAUCACCAAGGGCUAUGUAUCCGAAGAAGAAGCAGGAAGUCGACUUGCACAGGUUGUGAGCGAACCAAGCUUGACAAAGUCUGGUGUCUACUGGAGUUGGAACAAGAACUCUGCUUCCUUUGAGAACCAAUUGUCUCAGGAAGCAAGCGAUGAGGCGAAAGCUCGUAAAAUAUGGGAGCUUAGUGAGAAACUUGUUGGUUUGGCAUAAAUGGGAGCUUCAAAUUGGAUUCUUCAAACCAGAUUAAUCUUCAUGGAGAUAGAGGAUUAACAUCGGGAUCCUGUUGUGAAUGUAGAAUUAGGCUAUGGAGUUAAUUUGUAGUUAAAGAGAUUUUCCCUACUGUAAUACCAUGAAAUCUGAGCCAAAGUGCACAAUAAGAUCUCUCAGUAUUUUCAAGCUUAA